GUAUAGAAUAGACGGAUACAUAUGUGAAACUGCCACUGCACAUAGCUUCCACCAGUCCAAUGGAAGAACUCUCAGACUCCGCCGUGGAACAUCUGCUCUCACGCGAGGAACCAUCCGAACCAGAAAGGAUCUCUGCCGCUUGCUUGUGGGUGAAAUGGGUCCUCGAGAUGGCGAUGGGUCUGAUCUUUGCUGCCUGGGUCGCCUUCAUUUUCCUCUACCCAGUGCCGCUGGUGACUGACCUCUACAAUGAAUGGACCGACGUCGCCAGCAAUACCAUCUACGGUGCCAUAGGAAGUGGCGCAUUCUUGUUAUUUAGUGGUCCGAUUCUGGCGAUAACAUUCCUUGCCAUAGCACGCCUCAUCAUUAUGGAUUCUCGGAAGGAAGAGCUCCUAGUACUGAAGAGCAAGCCUGCAAAGUAUCCGAGGUUGAGGUUGUGGACGUUUCCUGUCAUGGUGGAUGGACCACUUGGAGUAGUAUCUGCGGCGGAACUCAUUGGGAUUUGCCUCGUUGUUUCGUACGUUGUGUGGGCAAUAAGUGCCUAUACCUUGGAGGAUCUUAGUACAUUAUCUAACUCCACGUCGUCUUCCGUGAUAAAGAGUGCGGCCAUGUUGGAACUUUACGGGAAGCGUCUAGCAACCAUCGGGAUGUUUUCCUUGGCAUUUUUGUUCCUUCCGGUAGCUCGUGGAUCAGUUCUUCUUCGCCUUGUGGAUAUUCCAUUCGAGCAAGCUGCUAGGUAUCAUGUGUGGCUCGGACAUCUCACGAUGCUGCUCUUCACUCUGCAUGGGCUGUCUUUCGUGAUCGCUUGGGCAAUGCAAGGCAUCCUGCUAGAUGAAAUAACUUCUUGGGAAUAUUCUAGUAUUGCAACUAUUGCCAUUCUUCCGGGAGUUAUAGGCCUGUUGGCCGGUCUGCUGAUGUGGGUCACAUCUCUUCCUCCGGUGAGGAAGAAGCAGUUCGAGGUGUUCUUCUACAUGCACCAACUCUAUGUUGUAUUCGUUGUAUGCUUUGCAUUGCAUGUCGGCGAUUUUUUUUUCAGCACUGCUGCUGGAGGAAUGUUCCUCUUUAUGGUAGAUCGCUUCUUGAGGUUCUGCCAGUCACGAAGGGCCGUCAAUCUCAUAUCAGCGACGCGCCUCCCUUGUGGAAUCAUUGAACUGGUCAUCUCAAAGCCUGCAAAUCUGCAGUAUAACGCCCUGAGUUUCAUUUUCCUUCAAAUCCGAGAACUGUCUAGGCUGCAGUGGCAUCCUUUCAGCGUUUCAUCGAGUCCACUUGAUGGAAAAAAUCAUAUCUCUGUCCUCAUUAAGGUUUUGGGGGAUUGGACAGCAAAACUAGACAGGAAUAUCUUGGAUAUCAUCGAGAUUCAUGAUCAAAACGAGACAACUUUCCGACCUCCUAAGAUAACAGCCUCAGUCGAGGGGCCUUACGGGCAUGAGUUACCUUACCAUUUGACGUAUGAGAAUCUUGUUCUGGUAGCCGGAGGAAUCGGAGUUUCACCAUUCUUUGCCAUCUUGAGUGAUAUCUUCCACCGCAUUGGGGAGGGAAAAUCAUGUCUACCGAGCAAAGUUCUACUUGUUUGGGCCAUCAAAAAAUCAAAUGAGCUUCCCCUGCUUUCCAUUCUUGAUAUGGGGUCUAUCUCUCCCUUCUUCCCGCACGAACUAAAUCUUGAAAUUGAUAUAUAUAUUACCCGAGAAUCAGAACCUUCACUGGAGGAAGGUAAUAACAUUGAUAGCACCAAGAAAUCACAUGUCUUUCCUGUCUCGAAUGGCUGCAGCAUGUCUGUUUUAGUCGGUACAGGGAACACUAUUUGGUCGGGACUAUAUGUGAUGACUUCCACCGUUGGAUUUAUAGUGCUGAUGACUCUUUUGCAUUUCUUCUACAUAAACCGUUUCAAUGUAACAACUUCGUGGUACAAAGGACUUCUUUUCGUGGUGUGCAUGCUCGCAAGCGUGAUUGUAUUCGGAGGCCUUGUUGUUUUUUUAUGGUCCUGCUGGAAGAAGGGAACGUUUGCAAUCGAAAAAUCUCAACACUGCAACCAGAACCUGCAAUCUGCGCCCAUGACGCACCAUGAUUUGCCUCAAAGGAAAUCAGUCGGUCCAAGAAGAGUUAUCUAUGGCUCAAGACCGAACUUUCAAGAAAUCUUUGGAUCAGCAUCGGACCACUGGGGCCACGUGGAUAUUGGUGUGAUUGUGUGUGGACCCUCAACUUUGGAGACCAGUGUGGCCAAGGAAUGCAGAUCUCGGAAUUUAAAGAGAGGAUCAGACCGCCCGAUCUUCCACUUUCAUAGCCACACUUUCGAUUUAUAGCUGCUAUAAUUGAUGCCCUCAAGCAGAUUCCACUUCAUAAGAAAGGCUUCUGUCUCGAAGGAAACCGGACAUAAAUCGAGUGUAGAAGCAUAGCACACAUGUCACAUGUAGGAUUCACAUGCUACUUUCUUUAGGAUGACCGGCUGGUCCGGUCCCAUUUCCAACACUACUAUGUAAAAUCAGUAGAAAAUGUAUCUGAAAAUCCGGUUUAUGACAAUGAAAUACUCUCUCUUGGUUCCA